AUGUCGGCGAAACGACAACCAAUUUAUGAAGAAAAAGCAGUUGAAAAGAAAAAACGUAGGAAGACGCAGAAAACGGGAGGAACACGCGGCCCACAUGUUCAAGAUGAUGACAGUGCUGGUAGUUCGGGAAUUGAAGGAGAUUCGAGUGGUUACGAACAAGAAGUUUCGGCGCUAAUUUCCAAUAUGAUUGUGAACACAAACUGGAGGAAAGAGGUGCGUGAUUUGUGGUCAAAUUCACCGCCAAAUUUAUUCGCGGAAAAAGAUUUUAAUAAGCGUAUUUCCUGCAAAGCACCGCACUGUGCCGUAUGCCAGUAUUUUGUCCCCAAACCAUUAAUGGAAAAGAAAAAGACACUGCCGAUGAAGUCAGUUACUGAAUUUGUUGUUUUGCAGCGCAUUCAUUGCGUUUGUCAUUUUUUUAUACACAAUUUUGAAUGA